AUGCAAAUCCAGAAUAAAAGAGGAGCAGAAGAGAAUGCAAUUCAAGACCUCUUGGUGAAGUCCAUGACAGACCAAAUCAACUAUCACCAACGUCAAGAUCCUAGCUUCAUUUGCCCAGAAAGAUUACAACUGUGGAAGGAUGAAAAAAAUGAAGACAGUGAGAAGAAAAUGAAGGAAUUGUGGGAUAUAUUUAUCCAGGGAGAAAAGAGAUCAAAGGAGCUGGAAGAGAAGUUGGCAACAUAUGUAGAGAAAUUAGAUAAUGAAGAAUAUGUGACUGCCACCAUGACAGUGGAAUCUACAGUUCAGCUUCAGGAAAUAGAAAAUCUAAAAAGGAGGAUUGCAGAAUUGGAAGGCAAGGAAACUCGGAUUGACAUGGAGAAGAUUGCCAAGAAAAAGGAGAUUGAAGAAAGAAGGAAGAAAAGAGACAAGAAAGGAGAGGAGAAAGAAGGAAGAGAAGCAACAAGAAGAGAAAGCAGAAGAAGAAGAAGAGAAGCAAGACGCUCCAACACCUGA